AUGUGGGCAUGGCUUGGUUGGUGUUCUCAGCAGCUUUCGCACCGGCAUCCGAUGACGAAGCUUUCAGGGACAGUAAGGCUUCCCACUCCCCCGAGAGCAAUGGCCAGUUCUCCGGUUCUCUGGGCCCUUUGGGUCUGGUGGAUCUUCACGGCAUCCGCAGUGCCCUCGGCCUCGACUGAGUUCUUCAGGAUCCGCAGCGCUCUUGCCCCACACAAGUGCAUCACUUCCAACAGCAGGGGUCUCCUGUGGUUGCGAGAAUGUUCAACCUCCGCAAGAGGAUGGAUCAACCCUCAUCAUGUCUGGUCCUUCAACAAAACAUGGCUCGUCAACCUCAAACAGCUUGAGGAUGCUGGUGGAACCCUUCAAGCAAUGUGCGUCACCUUUGACAGGGCUUACUAUUAUCACCACGGGCGCCCCUUAAGGCUACGUGCCUGUCAAGACGGUCAGGCAAGCAUGGAUUGGGUUUGGGAAGGUGAACGCAUCAGACACGCUCACAGCCCUUACGUCUUCGACCUGGCCGGCCACAACCUUACGAACUUGGGUGGAAAUCGCCAUCUGCCUGACGACUAUGGCUGGUUUGGAUUCCCCGCAGUUCAGCUUGGAGCCGAAGACGCUUCAACUUCAAGCGACCAAGUUUUCUUCAGGGAGAUCUUGACGAGCCUGGAGAACCUCACACAGUCCUUCGAACCUCUUCCGGCAACGGAGGCCCUACCCGAUCUUCCGCGGGAACAAUACAGUCUGUGCCCAGAUGGAUCCUUUGGUGAGCGAAAUGUGUGUCCAGACAUGCGCCGUCGAGCUCGCACCGAUUAUUUGUGCCGAGGCGGCACCCUAAGUUUGAAAUGUGUCUGUUUCCCGGGGUACUUCCCUCUCGUAGUGGGACAUACUCCGGGGCUUGCCGACUUGGGCUACGUGGAUUACACCUGCUGCAGAGGGGAAGGCAACUCCGACGAGUGUGGAGACAAUUUGAUUUGGUUUCCACUUGCCGUUGCUUUGACUGUCCUGGGCGUUCUGGGUGUGCUGACAACGAGCCUGAUAAUCCACUGCUACCACCCCAGCAUUGCCCAUGCCACAGAAGAAGAUCUUCAGGUUCUUUGUCCGCAACACGUGCAUGACGGCGCAGCUCUCCACAGAACAGUGGAGCAAGCAAAGUGGGGUGUGAGUUUGGAGGACUUGCGCCAGUUCAGGCGGUUAGUGCAUCAUGAGGUGAAAUCAGGAAGUAUCAGGCCAACAGAUCGAGACCAGUUCGCUUUAUCAGACGUAACGAUAGGGCCAUCGGCAUACACGGUCAACGAUCAGAUGAUCCGGCCGAUAACUGCAGCUGCCGGCAAUGUGAGUUGGGCAUUGAUGAAGCACCCGGAGGGCUGCUUGUGCGACCUAUUCAUCACUCACGGCUGGGCCGAGGGCAUGUUUGACUUUGUCGAGAAGGUUGUGAAUUCGUGGCCGCGGGCAGCCAGAGGGGCUUACGUUUGCUUCCUGUCCAACCCACAAAACCUGGACAUUGCAGAUUUGCUACAGUCACCGAGGGAGUCCCCAUUCGCCAGAGCUUUGAGCAAGUCGUCGUCCAUGCUCGUGGUGCCAAAUCACGUGUCCAGCAUCUACACAAGGAUUUGGUGUGUUUACGAGGCAUUUUUGGCGUCUUCCUGGGACAAGCCAAUUCGGCUUGCGAAGCGGCCUUUGCUGAAUCAAUGGCCUAGGAUACUUCGCGUGUUAAGCACUGGCGUCGCUGCCUUCGGAACGGGCAUGUUGUACCCCGUAGCAGGUGUCAAGUGGUACGGCGUUAGCCCAGGCAGCUUCUCCUUGCACUGGGACUUGGAGUGGGCAUUCGCUUACGUGGGCGGGACAUUCGGUGCCUUUGUCGCGCUGACCUUCAAGUGUUGCUUCAGCAGAGCGACCGCGACAAUCCAAAUGGCAAUUCAUUGUAUGACCGUCUUCCUAGCACUUUCCGUGGCCAUGUCGGCCUCCUGGCUUGGUUUGACUGAUGUGCCGAAUCUGUUCAGAUUUGUGGCGAUAGUCGUUGGAUCAACUGGGCUUGAGGCGGACUGGCAGCGUGCCACAAGAGCCUUGCGACAAGCAGAUCAGCUGGCAAAGGAUUUCAAAGGGACCGUCAGGCAUGCCACAAGCUCUAGUGCCGACGAUUUACGAAGGAUCCUUCGCAAGAUUGAGGAACAUGAGCAAGUCGAUGCCAUUGACGACAUGGUAGCUUCCUUGAUGGCAACCAACGUUUCUACAGCACAGCUCCACUCGGUGGUACAGGUCACCGGUCACCUCAAAGACUUGUCGGGUUGGAGCAGAGCCAUUUUCCUUCUGACCGUCAUAGUUUUGAUCUUCCAGUUCCGACAGGUGUACACCUACAGGGUUGAUGAAGAUGGCAUGACAAUCGGAUGGCUUUUGAAGGCUUGUGCUGGCCUUGAAGCUCUGCUUUGGCCAAUCAUCUUCCUCAGUCUUCCUGUCGAGUCAAAGGCUUUGGCAGAAAGGUGUGCAAAAAUCCUGCUGCUGCUUCUCCCAGGCUUGAUUGGUCCUAUGUGGCAGGGGCUCUCCUUCGAUGUCUUCGCACACCUCUGCGUGAUCCCUCUGUUUAUGGUAAUGGCCACUGUCGGAUGGCGCAUCUCUCGUGUGCCGGUCGUGGGUCCAGCCUUGAUCCGCAUGCUCUUUGUCCAGAGUCCGUGCCCGCCUAAAACAGGUCUGGGUAGCGGAGAAUCUGAGCACCCGCAUAAUGACCAGCCUACUUGUACAGAGAAUGAGGACCACGUGUUCUCGAUGUAA